UUAUGCAGUAAAAUUUUGCCUGCGGAGAAAAGUCGCUAUUUUUGAUAAGUCUGUAAAUAUUCAAUAAAUCCUAAUGUCUAUCGACAACUGUUUCGCUUUCUACAAAAAAAUGAGCUUACCAAGAGUUAAUUGUUCUCUGUCUCGUGCGUCUGUGCUAUAUCUGUCACGUUAAAAGGGAGCAUUUACGGCUAAUAAUCACUGCGCAAACACAUCGUGCUGUCGGAAUGUGCGGCAACCCGUUUACGUGGUAUGAUACGAAUAAGACAAUGUACCAAGGCGUUUCGCGACGACAAGCCAGGGUAUCUCGUGCGUUACACGGGAAGCGAGACACCCUCGAUAAGCACACCCUCUCCCCCCCCCCGCUCCGAUCACGUUGCAUUUCCAAAGCCAUCACUCCCGGAUCCCCGUCCUUCAAUUGCACCUUUAGGCGAGAGCAGCAACAGCAUCAGCGAGCGCAACGGCAGCGGCGUUGUUACCCUCCACAGAGCAUUGUACGAAGAUAUAAUAAAGCAUGAACCGCUGGAACACGCCACGAGUCGUCGCACGUCACCUGUAACGGAUCUUUUGUCCGUGUCCGCCGUAGAAAUAGAAUCGACGAACGUUACAUACAAGAACUCUCUGUCUCUUCGAUGUACACACAUACCUACAUAUGCACACCGACGUGCUUGACAUGACCCUCUUCCUGUAUUGUCACUCUCCUUACAUGCCAUUUUGUCGCUCUUGCACUCUGCAACGAUUGCGCCUGGCACUUUAUUGCCCUGCAUGAAGGCAUCUUGAGCGAUGCCAUCGAGAAAGUUCUCAUUAAACGUCUCGAGAAAAUUAGCUCAAUCCUUUUCAUCGGAAUUCAGU